AUACAGCCCUGAGUGGGUUUCAGGCCAGUCUAUUGGGCAUGCUGGGAGUUGUAGUUGCCACUGUUUCCUCCAUUCGGGGUUUUCCCUCUUGGGAUUGCGAUCGGAUACAUUUCAGCCUCGAGACUUUAUUUCUACGAGAUGAAAAGAUUCUUUGUGUUUUCUUCAGAUGUCGGAUCGGUCGUUGCCAAGGUCUGAAAUAAAAAAAUAAAAAAAAGCGAUAAGUGGAGUUAAUAAGUGUCCAGCCCUCCGCCCCGAUGUGUGAACAGGGAAUUAGGAUUAGUGAGGGGUCCGGACGGGGAGGGACUGCGGUGACGGAGAGAGAGGCUGCACAUCGUCCUGCACUUCAUCCUCAGUGUCCUCACCGGUGAUGGCCGGCUGACCACUAGGACAACAUGGGCACCAUCACCCUGGCACUGCUCCUUACUGUCCUGCCACCUGUAGGGGGCGCUCAUCUGCUGUGUGACCUGCUGGCUGUGAUGGAGAAGGAGAAAGAGACGUGCCUAGAGUCUCUGGCCCUCUUCAAUGUCUCUGCUGCCACCUGGUUCCCAGAAGGUUGUACAGGGAAGUGGGAUAACGUCAGCUGCUGGCCCCCCACCCCGGUGGGUCACACCGCCUCCAUUCCUUGUCCUGAGAUCCUGCAGAUCAUUACAGGGACCAAAGGCACAGUGAAUCGGAACUGUACAGAAGAUGGAUGGUCAGCACCUUUCCCCCCAGUGGACAUAGCCUGCAACUAUAACAUCAGUGACACAGAGUACGAGGACAUGCAGGAGUAUUACAUGCACCUGAAGACCCUGUACACUGUGGGAUAUGGGACGUCCCUGAGCUCUCUGGUCCUGGCUCUUGUUGUCCUAUUGUCUUUUCGGAGACUGCGCUGUACACGGAACUACAUCCACAUGAACCUCUUCUCUUCAUUCAUCCUCCGGGCCUUGUCCAUCUUUAUCAAGGACGCCGUGCUCUUCUCCGUGGAUGAUGUCAACCACUGCAACGUCUACCUGGAGGACUGUCACUACGUCAUGAUCUUCUUCCAGUACUGUAUAAUGGCCAAUUACAGCUGGCUGCUGGUGGAGGGGCUCUACCUGCACACGCUGCUCGUCGUCUCCUUCUUCUCUGAGUGGAAGUAUUUCUGCUGGUACAUCGCCCUCGGGUGGGGGUCUCCCUUGGUCUUUAUCAUCGCCUGGUCCAUAUGCCGGCAGGUGUACGAGAACACUGGCUGCUGGAACAUUAACUCCAAUGCCAGCGUGUGGUGGAUAAUCCGCGGACCAGUCAUUCUGUCCAUAUUUAUAAACUUUAUUCUGUUUGUGAGAAUCAUUCGGAUUCUGAUGAAGAAACUGAGGACGUCAGAUGUCUGGGGAAAUGACUUCAACCAGUACAAGAGAUUGGCCAGAUCUACUCUCCUCCUCAUCCCUCUCUUCGGGAUCCAUUACAUCAUCUUCGCCUUCUUCCCAGAGGAUGUGAGCAGCGGCACAGUGGAGAUCCGCUUAUCCUUUGAGUUGGCGCUCGGCUCUUUCCAGGGUUUUGUGGUGGCCGUGCUCUACUGCUUUCUGAAUGGUGAGGUGCAGUUCGAAAUCCAGAGGAAGUGGCGCAGAUAUCACCUGAGGAAAUACUCCUGGUUGCGACAGAACAAACCGACGGUGAGUAAUGGCGGCAGCGUCCUGACCCAGGUGAUACAGGUCAGCCAGGUCAGCCAGAGAGAGGCGAGGAAGAACUCCACCCCCAUGACCAGCCUCAUCUGACAGAGACCGACUGUAUGACCAGCGGAGACUGGGCCCGGACGAUGGCGGGUAUCAUGGAGCGCGGUGGUCUCGGGGAGGUCGGACCCUGCCAUAGACCGUGACGGACCCUGGAUCAGAAUGAUAGUGGAAUCCGAGAGAAAUGGACAGAAUAUUAUAAUCCUGAUAUUAUCACUUAUAAUGACUACAUGCCGGGGGAGGGGCGCUUUUCUGUGAGGCGAAGGGUUAACUCGUCGGAGGAUUUGUACAGACAUUUUUGUAAUCUGCUUGGGAAGUCGACAAGUCCAGGCCGGUCACGGAGCAGAAGCCGGAGGAACCCCGCGGAGCUGGAGGUCAACAUGGCGCAACCCAGAGAGUCGACAACCGACAGCGCAGGUCACAUGACAGAACUGAAGUCGUGUCACAUGACCCAGUGAAGGCUCCAUCUUCCAUGUAUAUCAGGGGAGAUUUAUCAAAACCUGUCCAGAGGAAAA